AUGGAUCCAAAGAAGAGGUUCAACUCCCCUUCGGCAUUUGUUGAUCUCCUCAGUGCAGCGUUAAGCCUCGACCGUGCUGGCGACAUUUCCGAUAAUACUGUUGAGAACCAAUAUAAGGAUGCCUUAUUUGUUUGUUUCGACUUUGAGAACGGCGAGGAAAUAAAGUCUUCUGCUAGGUCAGGGGAUUUGACAAACGGAAAAGUGUUUGCCCAGGGUGGGAUGUCAAUAUUCGAUUCGUGGGAUAUUGCCUCAAUUCCAUCGAAAGCAGUUCUAUCAACACACAACUUCGCGAUCGGGCGGUCUCCAUCCUGCAAGAAAAAGGUCGAUAGGAGAUUUUUGUUUGGCAAGACAAUCUGGCUCAAUCAGCUUGCCGAUCUUAUGACUUCCAUGGAGAAACUCCUUGAUCGGUCUCGCAAAAUCGUCUUAAUUGGUCAUGGGCUCGGCAAUGACUGUCACGUCUUACGAUCUCUCGGUUUCGAUUUUCAGACUUCAAUAAUCGGUUAUAUUGAUACUGUCCUGGUGGCACAGGCAAUCUUUGGCGAGCCAACAAAACAAAGUAAACGUUCAGGUGCAACUUCACUUCGCCUAAACAAUGUUGCAAGAAAGCUGGGUCUUAUUCUAGAAGGGUGCCACGUUGCCGGGAAUGAUGCUAAUUUCACCCUUCGAGUUAUGCUUCUUUUGUUCAAAGAAGCCCACAGCAUGCUCAACCCAUCGGAUGAGAUCACAAUGAAGACAUUGGAACGAGUCAAAGCAAUUGGACUCGAGUCACUUCCGCCUAUAUUACCACCACUCCCUCGUAGAUCAGCAAAGACAUCGGACAUGCAAGGCUGGAUUCAUUAUGGCCAUCUUGCUGAGUUAACCGUCGUUUCUCACGAAAUUCCCGAGAUACAUAGUGAUCGUACAGUUCUGAAAGCUGAGAGCAAGCCAAGUAACACAGACUCUUGCGAGCCAUCAUGGCUACUUCUUCAAUGGUGUCCGAAAAUCAAUAACCGAAGAUAG